GUUCUGCCAUAAUGGAACGUUUGUGAAUCGUGACAUCAAGGUUGCUUCCGCGGCCUAAUGACAUCAGCUUUGCGGACGAGAUGUCGACUGGAGUGGGAAAGCACAAGAUGCUGUCCCUGGGGCCCACGGAGCCGUGGUCAGUCAGGGAAAAACUGUGCCUUGCUUCUUCUGUCAUGAGGAGUGGCGACCAAAACUGGGUAUCAGUCAGCAGAGCUAUCAAGCCUUUCUCUGAGCCAGGCCGCCCCCCAGACUGGUUCUCCCAGAAGCACUGUGCUUCCCAGUACUCUGAGCUGUUGGAGACCACAGAAGCACCAAAACGCAAGCGUGGGGAGAAGGGUGAGGUGGUGGAGACCAUCGAAGAUGUGAUUGUGCGCAGAUUAACAGCUGAGAGGAUCGAGGAGUUGAAGAGACUCCUGAAAGACACACAGGAGAAGUACAGGAAGUUGAAAAAAGAAGUUGAAUUGAUCCAGGCAGGCCACAUGGACUCCAAGCUGGACGAGGUGUGGGGGGAGAUCGAGCAGAAGAGGAAACAGGAUGAGGAGGAAGCAGAUCAAAAGAAGAGGGCCACGGAAGCAGCCUAUCAGGUUCGCCAGGCUGCUAAGAACACACCCAAGCGUGUGCCCAGCGUGACUGUGCGCUCCCCUUUGGGCGCCAGCUCCCCUGUCCUGGACCCGCCCAGCAGUGACGUCAGCCAAUCACUGACAGAGGAGCCCUGCGCCAGUCCUGCGGCUCCAGCUGUGGCCGUGUUCAUGCCAGUGGAGGCGGUUGGGCCUAAGGAAAGCCUGGGGGCUCUGGUAGACGACUCCCCACAGAAGAAGCUUCUGGCCCAGAAGGCCACGCCGCCCCCAUCCCCUCUCCUCUCCGAGCUCCUGAAGAAAGGGAGCCUCAUCUCGGCCAGCCCACGUCUGGUGGUGGAGGGAGAGGUGGCAGCUGCUCUGAGCAACGGCUCUCAUGGAGUGGAAGUUCUCACCACGACCUGCACCAUGCCCCAGGGACAGGACAUCACAGCAGAUGCGCCUACUCUGUCCCGCCUCCUGGAGACCACCCCUCAGAGUCACCACGGCAACAAUGCAGACCCCCCUGUUAACCAUAGCAACAAUGUAGUAGCCCCCACCCAGAUGGACCUCCCAGCCCCACCCACUACAGUUGCAGUGGAGGAGGGGCCAGCGCCGCCCAGCCCCCAGCUCCAGCAGCCCAGAGAGGGGGAGAUGGUGGAGGACCUAGUGGCCGUGUCAUACAUGGAGGAGGAGCUGGAUCUGGCCACAGUGGGGGACAUCAUCGCCAUCAUAGAGGAGAAGGUGGACGAAUCGGUGGAAGCUCUGGAUGCCGCAGCUGUGGAGGCGGCCCUGUCCCUGUGUGAGGAGGCUGGGAGCCACGCUCUCCCCAGCCCCUGGGAGCCCCAGGCCUUCAAGCCCCUGGAGUCGGGCCCGGAGCCCCAGCCUAGCCCUUCAGCAGCAGCAGUUGUAGCCCCCGUCCCAGAGACGAGCACCCCGGGCCCCAGCGGCGCGUCUGAAGAGGGGGACCAGGCGAUGGAGGUUGGGGUGCAGGUGCAGAGACAGAUAGAGGGGGGUUUGGAGGUGCCAACGGAGGUGGAGGACUAUAACCAGCAGGGGGCGCAAGGGCAGGAGAGGGGGGCUGACACAGGGCAUGUCCAUGGAGCUGUCGCCGUGGUGGCGAAUGAGGGGGUGGCCAUGGAGAUGAAGGGGGAGGGGGAAGGGGAAGGGGGGGUGGAGGAGGGUUUGACUGAGGAGGCCAGAGCGCACAGCCCCAUCAUCAAGCAGGAGCAAGAGGACUGGAGCCAACCGGAGUCUCACGCGCCAUGUCUGGACUCGGAGGACAGCUCCGCAUCAGGGAAAGACUCAAAGGAGCUGAAGGAGGAGGAUGGAGGGAGUGAGGUGGAUGGAGACGAGGCCAUGCUGGAGAAGGAGUGUGGUGAGGGGGAUGGCGAGGGCUCGUACAUGUCAGAGGUGGAGCCGCCGGCCAGCGAGAGCGAGGACGGCUACGGCACACACUCCCAGAGAUACACCACGGCGGACUCCACCGCCAGCAGCCCGGCCUCCUCACAGUUUUCCAUGUGCAGUGAGGAUCAGGAGGCUCUUCAGGCUCAAAAGAUUUGGAAGAAAUCCAUCAUGCUGGUCUGGCGUGCAGCAGCCAAUCACAGGUAUGCCAGCGUCUUCCUGCAGCCUGUGUCUGAUGACAUUGCUCCUGGUUACCACAGCAUUGUACACAGGCCCAUGGACCUGUCGGCCAUCAAGAAGAACAUCGAGAUGGGCGUGAUCCGCACGACGGCGGAGUUCCAGCGGGACAUCAUGCUGAUGUUCCAGAACGCCAUCAUGUACAACAGCUCGGACCACGACGUGUUCCACAUGGCGCUGGAGAUGCAGCGCGACGUUCUGGAGCAGGUGCAGCAGUUCCUCGCCACGCAGCUCAUCAUGCAGACCUCCGAGGCCAGCAUCGGCACCAAGAGCCUGCGCGGACGCGAGGGCGCACGCAAGCAGGACGCCAACGAGAAGGACUCUAUCCCCAUGGCUUCUCCCGCUUUCCUACUCUCUCUCUUUGACGGAGGCACCAGAGGGCGCCGCAGUGCCAUCGAGGCUGACCUCAAGAUGAAGAAGUGACCUCAAGAUGAAGAAGUGACCUCAAGCCCAAGUGGACAUGCUUUGCUGAACGGGAAGAGGCCGGGUUCCACUGACUGUGGCCCAGUUCUGUUCCGUGGAGAGGAGCCGAGUUCUCUGCUCUAGAACUCCUAACAUUAUGAUUCAGGAAAUCUAUGUACUUCAUCCUGCUCAGGCUAUUCAGAAUGUACCAUCAUCACCAUCCUCAUCCUCGUUAACUUUAGCCAUGGUCCUGCACAGCCUGAAUGCAGUGGCACUGUAUGUGCAUCAGAGACACACACACACACAGACACUACACAUCACAUAAACACACACAAACCCCACAGAUGCGCACACUGUGGAUCAAGUGUAGGUGUUCAUUGCCCCCAGUACAUGGACUUCUGAAAAAGUACUAGUUGUGAUCAAGUUAUAGGAGCAACCAUGUUUUCAUGUCUAAAUUCUGCAGUUUGCAGGCUCACACUUGCAAGAAAAUGAUUUGAAUUCACUGGCGGUAUCAAGGUACCAGAAGUGCACAUCUUAUCUUUGUACCUUAGUUGUCCCAGAUUCCCAUCAACACCAUUGUUUGUUUUGUGAGUUCAAACUGGAAAUCCUAGUAAGAUUAAAAGGGUUGUGGUAGGUUUUAUAUAUUUCAUUUGUAUUUCUUGUAAGUUGUGGAGAACAGACAUCUAGUACAAAUGUGACAAGCUGAUUUGGUCAGUAUUUUCCAUAUUCAGAGCAAUGCAGACUGUUAAACAUUUGAUCAAAUGUUUUGCAUUGUUCUUGAUGUGGUAGAAAGGGUAGUGUCUUAGUGUCACCAUGACUGGAAUGUUUAGCAUUUGUAAGAUGCUUGUUUACUCAAGCCUUAGGGAAUUGGUCAUCAAUGUUAGAAACUGGUGUGAAGCAGUUAGUCUAGCACUGACUUACACAACCACGGUUACCCAGAACAACCGUAACACAUGGGUUGUAUGUAAAACUCUUGUACACUUACACUUUCCAUGGCUUCAUGCUGACGUGUGUGUGUGGACCCCCCAGGAUUGUGUGUGCGCUUGGCAGUGCUUAAGAGAAUUCACAUGCAACUUGCAAGUGUUUUACCACCUAUAUGUGUUCCAGGUGUUGGUUGUGAACUGAGCAGCUAGUUUUGUACAUAAAGAAAGUCAGUAUAUGUGUACAGAUUUUUUAGUGUAAAGGCUGUGUUGUCAUGUAAGAGUUGAAUAAAGGAGAUUGUGAGAAACCACAA